AUGCUCGUUCCGCUGUUCACUCUGGCCAUCGCCGGCCUCGUUGCGGCGGAGCUCGGCGACCCUCAAUCUCUCCGGCCACACUCUCGUCGCGCAAAUGUUCCCCGCGCUGAUAUCGGCGUUGGCGGUGUCGACCUCGCCCUCCACAAGCGGGAGGUCGACCCAACGAUCGUUAAGCGCGGCCUGAACGGCUCCGUUAUUGCCCUGGGCGCCGUGCACAGCCCGUCAAGGGCCUACCCACUGCAGUUGGACACGGCUAGCGCGGACCUUCUGAUCGCCUCGACGAAGUGUGGCAAAGAGUGCCCGGCGCCAACGAAGGAGAAUCCGUACUACGAUAUGAUGAGCUCUGACUUCAAGGAGGUCAACGGAAACUCGACCUACUGGCGGACGCAGUACGCCGACAAGUCGUUUGCGAGCGGUUUUGUCGCGCGAGACCAGGUCAUGAUUGCGGCGCACCUCGUCGACGACCAGGUCAUUGGGCUCAUCACCGCUACGAAUAUGUCUCUCCCGGAGCAGGACAUCUCGGGAGUGCUCGGCCUCGGCUUCCCGCGGCUGUCGACUCUGGGCCGAGUGCUCCUGCAGGACAGCGUGCCGAGUUCUGACCGUAGCCCAUUGACAUCGUCCGCAGCGCCAGCGGGUGCGAGCAGCCCGUCAGGUUCAGCCUCUGCGCCCUCUGAGUCAGGCGCCAGCGGAAGUGCAGUGGCCUCACCCAGUUCUGGAAUGGAGCGCAGGCAGGAGUCGUCCAGUGACUCUAGCGGCACCGCAUCUGCGACAAGUUCUUCUGCGCCCGCAGCCGCCGUGCCUUCCUCUUCUGCCGCCUACAUGCCAACCUUGCUUGAGAAUCUCAUCACUACGCCCUCGAUUCCCUACCCCGCCUUCGCCCUCGCCCUCUCUCCGCCGUUGAACGCUAGCCAGGCGACCGCCCUGAAGUCGCUGCACCCCGAGCCAGCACCACGAUACAGCCUUUCGAGUGGGUCGCUGACCCUUGGCGGCGUCUCGGCGCUGUACGUCUCCGAUGACCCCUCGACGGGCCGUACUGUCAACGACAUCGAGUGGUGGCCUGUCGUCCCCUUCGGCCGCGCAAGUAAUGGCGUUUCUAGGAGCAACGCUACUACCAUCGAUGUCUCGGCCAUGUCUGCGUCGGCGACACCCGCUGCCGCUGGCGAGCCUGCCUCUGCGUCCGGCUCUGGCGCCCCUGCCCCUUCCUCGCCCUCUGCCUCAUCGUCCAGCAGUAGUGCUCCCAGCUCGAACCUCUUACAAGAUAACGGCAUGGGUGCGAUCGGCACGCCCGGUAAGCGCGGCCUGCCUAAAACGCCGGCCGAGCUCGAGUCGGAGGCAUACCUGUAUUGGGCGCUGCAGCUGUCCGAGGUGUCCGUGAACGGAACGGGCUUCGCUCUGAACUCGACGUACGCCAACUUCGGUGUGCCGCCAAUUGCGCUGCUCGAUGUGGGCACGAACGGUAUCUACGGACCCGAGGAUGACGUCGCCAAGCUCUUCAGCGGCAUUAAAGACGCGCGCAUGGUGAGCACGGGACAGUGGGCCGUUCCGUGCGAUACGCGAGUCACGCUUGGCUUCUCGUUCGGCGAGAAUGGCCGUUCUGUCGAGAUUCCGCCGUCCGAUUGGAUCUAUGCCGCGGUGCCCGAGAGCAGCAUGUGUCUCGCUUGGCCUGUCGCAGUGCCGGCGACAGGCGACGGUCUCGACUGGCAGCUCGGCACGCCCUUCCUGAAGAACGUGUACACUGUCUUCAGCUAUGGUGUCGAUGGCGGACAGCCGCCGCAGAUCGGCUUCCUGCCUCUGACCGACAAGGCGAACGGCACGCAGCCCAUCUCUGCUGCCACUCCGUCACAGACGGUCAACACGAAGCUGCCGCAUGUCCUUCUCUCACCCCCUAACUAUCCGACACCGAGCUACGCCUUCUCAACGCCGGUGCCGACGCUCGGUGUGCCGCAAGCGCUGGGUCUGGGCAAUGCGUCGGCAUACCCCUCUGCCGCUGUUCCCGUCGUCAGCAUCCCAGUCCCGAAGGCGUCGGCUUCAGACGACCAUCAGGCCAUCCCCGGCUGGCCAGGCGACAGCUCGCAGGCGACGGUCGAGAAUGCCGCCACCAAGCGACAAGCUCUGCCCGCGACCAGCUUCGCCCUCCCAUUCAUCUUAAUCGUGCUCUCGCACCUGUUGUUACUCUAG